AUGGGUGGAGAGGAAAUUUUAAAAAUUCUCAAGGAAAGAGAUUUAAAACUUUACUGGAGUACAGCACCCGACUGUUAUCAAUUUACAGCCAAAUACAGCAUGGAUAAUUAUAAACUUUGUGCAUUAGUUACAGAACACGAUGCAAGAAAAGCGGGCGCAGAAGUAGUUAAACAACAAGCAUUUUGUGAAGAAGGCAAUAUUGUAGAGAAUGGACCUUUAUCAUUUGUAAAAUCUGUUUUAUUUCCAUUAUAUUCGCUCAACUUCCAAACACCACGAUUUGCAAUCAAAAGACCAGAAAAAUAUGAUUUAAAAAACAUCAAUUACAAUAUUAAUGCAAUAUUGGAACUUAUUAGAAAGAAAUGGGAGAGUGAUCCCGUACUUAAAGAAUUAGUUAAAAAUGCAUAUCCAAAGCCAGAUGCUAAAACUGUUGUAAAACAAAUAUAA